ACGUAAUCCCCAAUACACGCUUGCGCACUGCGCAGCCCGGAACCAAAGCUCCCGGUCCCAAUAGUUCCACGCUUUCCGAGCGCCCCGGAAUCCAAGAGCGGCGGACUGAAGCCAAGAGCGGCGGACUGAAGCCAAUGGCGGCGCCCAUCUUGUCGGUGGCGGAGGCGGAAACCGAUGGAGAAGCGGUGACGGCUGAACCGGGAUUCUUGGCACCCGGAGCCGCUCCGUACGGAAAUUUCCCUUUUUACUCCCGUUUCCACCCGCCCGAGCAGCGGCUUCGCCUUCUGCCCCCGGGGCUGUUGCAGCGGCUCUUUCCGCCAGAGGGCUCCGAUGCUCGGCCGCUGCUGGGGCUCGAUGUGGGCUGUAACUCGGGGGAGCUGAGUAUUGCUCUAUACAGACACCUCCUCUCACUGGAAGAGGGAGAGAUCUGUUCAGUUUCCGCUAGAGACCUCCGAUUCCUUUGCUGUGACAUUGACCCUGCCCUGGUGGAUCGGGCUAAGAAAGACUGUCCCUUUCCUGCAACCAUGUCCUUUGUUACCUUGGACUUCAUGGAUCCCCAGACCCGGGAGCCCCUUUUGAGAUCCUUCCUGAACCAGUUUGGCCAGUCAGUCUUUGAUAUAGUUUUCUGUAUGUCCAUCACCAUGUGGAUCCAUCUGAACCAUGGGGACAAUGGCCUACUUGCAUUCCUGGCCCACCUUGCCUCUCUCUGCCGCUACCUCUUGGUUGAACCACAGCCUUGGAAAUGUUACCGGGCAGCUGCCAGGCGGCUUAGAAAACUAGGCCGCCAUAACUUUGACCACUUUCGUUCUCUUGCUCUUCAUGGUGACAUGGCUGACCGUAUCAUUCAGAUUCUCACCAAAGACCAUGGCAUGGAGCUGGUGUGCUGCUUUGGUAGCACUAGCUGGGACCGAAGUCUCUUGCUCUUCAGAGCAAACCAGCCAUCAGAGCCUACAUCAUCCCAGUAACCAAGAUGAAACAUGAUGAACAGAAUAGAUAGAUAGAUGUCUUUGAAGCAACAAGGUCAGAGGGAUAGAGAAAUAAAUUUAGAGCAACCAAAAAAUGCUGACCUGGCUGUGGAAAUCUCUGGGUACAUCCUCACCUGGACUAUUAAGAAGAUAGCAUCAAAACCAAUAGAAGUUGAACGAAAGCUUAAUGAAUGGUCAAGAUAAAUGGUACUUGUACUUGUUCCCCAACGCUGUGGGGGUAGGGGAAAGGUCAUAGAUCAUGAAUAGGAGAAUCUCAAAUCAGCAAUACCCUGGGAUUUCUAGAACACAGGAAUGUCCAUUGUAAUUUGGACAUGGUACCGAAGUUAUUGGGGG